CCGUCUAGCCUCCUAGCUUAGCCAGUUGCCAGCGCGACCCAGCUCACGAGCCGGCCUCGUGUGCGAAUCAGAAGAAUAAUUAUUUCCUUGCCAUCCGGUGGAGUAAAUAUGAUACUCGUAGGCUCGUAUUAAAGCUCAUUUUAUCCCGCGACUCCCAAUAUUUUUUUACCCGAGAUCCAGCAACGCGUUGAAAAGUUACAGGGAUAAUUCAAGGGCCGUGUGCUUAGGAGAAAAUGGAUACCGCUCGAAUGCGGUAGAGACAGAGAGCCUGGCUGCGAGCCCGUACGACUUUAGAUAUCCUUCGAGCAUUAAAGCGUAUCGUUAUUUUCCGAUUUUCAUUUAUUAAACGUACGCCAAACGCCACGUUGUAUGAAAAUGAAUAUUUCAAAAGGUCGUUAAUACUGUCACGUUCGGAAGCGGAAAGAAGACGAUUCCUCUCAAAAUAUAUACACACGUCUCCGAAUCCCAACGGCAGAAAUUUUUACAAUGCCUCGUGCUAGGAGACAAGUGGUCCUCGAAGACCCAGCUGGGUCUGUCACACCCGACAUGGCCCACACCAAGCUAGUGAAGUCAGAGCCACUUUUCAUUGACGAGGGCUCCAUAGACGAAGUACAAACUCAAAGGAUAGCUGAAGAAACACCGAGUCCCCAUCUACAGGAUCAUCAGUAUGGUCAAACACCUAGUUAUCAAAUAUCGAGAAGACCUCCACAGCCACCUCCUCGUGCAGAGAUUUCAGUUCAGGCUGUAAAAAGAAGACUGAACUUGGAAGUCGGUUCCACAGGCACAAGUCAGUCCGGUUUUAAGGCUCCACGAGGAAAGCGCAGACGAUCUGGAUCUAAUUCUUUAACUGGACAUACACCGACUAAAAAUAAGACUGUUGAAAGGACAAGAUAUGAUACGUCUUUAAGCUUGUUAACCAAAAAGUUUAUACAUUUGGUCGAGAACAGUCGUGACGGUGUUGUGGACUUGAAUGUAGCUUCUGAAAAAUUGGAAGUUCAAAAGCGGCGCAUAUACGACAUAACAAAUGUGCUUGAAGGAAUUGGGAUACUUGAGAAAAAGAGCAAAAACAACAUACAAUGGAAAGGUGGUCAACUACCUGGCGAGCAGUUUGACGUUGUUGAUCUGAGGAGAGAAGUAGCUGAUUUGGAAGCUAAGGAAAAUACAUUAGACCGACUGAUACACGGGGCUGAAAAGAAUUUGCGCGAACUGGGUGCCGAUAGACAAUAUGCCUAUGUAACUUACCACGACUUACGUUCAGUAACAGCUUACCGAGAACAAGCUAUAAUGGCAGUAAAGGCACCACCAGAGGCUACCCUCCAUGUCCCCCAGCCCAUCAGUCCGUUCGGGGAACCACGGUUGCAAAUGUAUAUGAGAUCUUCGCAUGGUGAAAUCGAAGUAUUCUUGUGCCCGGAUGACCCAGGUUUGAAGGUGUCAAAUAGUCCUAGAAGUCCAAUGACGAAUCCUCGACCAAAAAUUGAAAUGCCUCCUCUACCUCCUGAACUUCUCGUCAAUGGGGGUGAAACCCAGAUUGAAUCUACCCCCUCGACCACCAGUAGAACCAGCACAGUCACGAAUCCUCCCUCUCCCACGCCUACAACUUCCACAGGCCUCAGAGAUGCGCUCCUGUGUGAGUCUGAUGACUUUGGGCCAAUGGGUGGCGGUAGAUUCCAGCUGCAAACCGAAGACCAGAACGUCGCACAAGAUGUGAACAUUCUAGACUUUGAUGAACCGCUGCUUCCGUUGGAACCACCUCUCUCGGAGAACGAUUAUUCAUUCUCGUUAGACACAGGAGAGGGCUUGGCGGAUCUCUUCGAUUUCCAGUUCUAGGAACACCAUUAUUAUUACAGUUUUUUAUUCUGGGUUCGUCUCCGAGUCAAACUUAGGAAUUACAAAUAUAACUCUGUACCUGAAAACCCUGGGGUUCUAACUCCACGUUUGGUCAAUCAUGAGUUAUCUCUACCUCGAAAAUCAGCAUUAAAACUUUAUACCUAGAAAUUAAAAUUACCAUCUCAGGUUUUAUACAGAUCAUAGAUCGUACACAUUUUGGUAAAACACAUAUUAGGUACCCAUCAUAGAAGAAUCCUAUUUGUAAUAAAGAUUGCAUGUAAAAAUUCUGAUUCAGGCUGGUGUUACAGUGCCGAUAAAAAAAAAUCAGAUCGUAUCGAAUAAUGGUAGAAUUACAAAAAUUCAAGUAGAGACACUAAUUUACAAUUGGCUUACUUUAGUGUGAGAAUCUAUCUGAAGAGUGGAAUUAGACCUCUAUGGCUCUCCGUUACAGAAAAAAAGUGCAGUAGGAGGAACGCGAAAAAAUAUAUUCAUAUAUGCAUAAUAUAUGCAUAAUACACAUGUAUGAAAAAGCGGAAUUAGGGUUUUGUAACAAGCGAUA